AUGGUUCGUGCAGUAUCAGCUCGUCUUAACCAAUCUGCUGCUCAGAUAACAGCCAAGAAGAGUCUGAAGCUUCAUCUUAGAAGAAUCCGAGAUCGUGAAUAUUGUAAACUCCGAGAUCUCGUCCCAUCAGUCGCCAGCAAGAAGAAAGUCAGCAAGGUCGAAGUGGUUGAAGAAGCUGUCAGAUAUAUUGAAGAACUUCAUCAAGCCUUAUUGGAACGAUUCAGACGAAAAGCUGGAGGUAUACGUCGUAAACGAAUUGACAAUAUCAAAAGGCGAAAACUUCAGAUGAUUGAUCCUGAGCUGCAUUAA